AUCCAACACUGCAGAUCAUCUCCAACCCCUCGUGCUGCUCCUGUGACAGAGAGAGAGAGACGCCAACAUGAUCCUGCCUCUCCUUAUGUUCGCCCUGACCCUGGGUGCUGUGUCUCCUUCAGAUGGACCUGAGGUCAAGCUGCAGCGUGGAAACUGUCCCAUGUUCUGGUUCAGCUUCAACAACCGCUGCUACAAGUACGUGUCCACACAGAUGACCUGGGCUGCUGCAGAGCUCUAUUGUGUGAAAGAGGGAGCCAACCUGGUGUCUAUCCACAGUCUGGAUGAAGAGAAUUUCGUCAGAUCCCUGAUCAGGAACUAUGAUCAUGCUGAAGGAUUCACCUGGAUCGGACUCAGCGACCUCCACGAAGAAGGCAGCUGGAUGUGGUCAGAUGGCUCUGCUGUGACUUUUACCUUUUGGUCCAUCGGAGAGCCAAACAACAUGCAAGGAACAGAACACUGUGUUCAUAACAACGAUUUAAAAUGGAAUGAUGGACAUUGUAGGGACCGUCUUCCCUCUGUAUGUGCAUCUCGCAUAAUGUGUCCUCAGGAGCCAGGGGAGGGAGCUAAACACUGGUGUUAUAUGGUCCCUCUUUUUCUUUCCUGUAAGGAGGCAAGCAGCAGCAUUUUGGACGAGCUGAAGGCUACAGGAAUCAAGUCGAGAAGUUAUGAAGGCAUGGAUCACCCUCUCUACAUCUUUAGUGCAGAUCACCUCCAACCCCACGUCCUGCUCCUGAGACAGAGAGAGAGAGACCCCAACAUGAUCCUGCUCCUCCUUCUGUUCGUCCUGACCCUGGGUGCUGUGUCUCCUUCAGAUGGACCUGAGGUCAAGCUGCAGCGUGGAAACUGUCCCAUGUUCUGGUUCGGCUUCAACAACCGCUGCUACAAGUAUGUGUCCACACAUAUGACCUGGGCGGAUGCAGAGUUCCACUGUUUGUCAGAGGGAGCAAACCUGGUGUCUGUCCACAGUCUGGAUGAAAAGAAUUUUGUCAAAACCCUGAUCAAGAACUUUGAUCAUGCUGAAGGAUUCACCUGGAUCGGGCUCAGCGACGUCCACAAAGAAGGCCGCUGGAUGUGGUCUGAUGGUUCUGCAGUGGACUAUGCCUUUUGGUCCUCAGGACAGCCAGACAACUACCGUGGAUGGGAAGACUGUGUUCUUAACAACUAUGACAUUGAUAAGAAAUGGAAUGAUUAUCCUUGUAGUGAAUAUUAUCCUUCUGUUUGUGCAUCUCAAAUAAUGUGUCCUCAGUGAUUGUUAAGUCUGAUUUAACCUGAUCACUGAUCACCUGAUGCUUGUUGACAUGAAAUAGUCGUCAGCAAUAAAGAUACAAAUGCACACUUCUAUGUUUGUACUCA